AAUAAGAGAGUUUAAAGAGUUACUGUGUAACUGUGAGUAUCCGUGUGUACCUUAGUGAGUGCAAAGGGAGGGGGGGUAAUUACGGUGUAGAAUGUCCUCCUCAUCACUGGAGCUGACCUAAGAACACAACAGUUAAUCAUCCACUAACCGGCAGAGAGAGACAGAGUGAGAGAAGGGGAAAGAAGCCAGCGUAACAUGCUCCGUGGUUGGAUUGAAAGAGAGACACUUUGAGGCACCUGAAUUUAUUGAAAUGACAAAAAAGGAAAAGAGGAGUCUUUCAUCACACAGUCUGGACUAAAGGAUAUAAUUACCUGAGAGUGGAAGGAUAAAAAAUCUGCAUCCGAGGACAUGCACCUGUUCCUGGAGAAGGAUUUUUAGCAGCACUCUGCCUUCCUCUGUCAACAAGUGUGUGUUUGUGUGUGUUAGUAUGUGCGUUCUAUGUGGUCUGUCCUGUUUUUGGAUUUGAUUGUGUGUGUGUGAGAGGUGGCCACAUGGGGCCCUGGCCCUGUCCGGGAUGCCAGCUGCAGCAUUGAAGCCCACUCCGGAGGACAUGGUGGCGGAGGGAGGGGGCGAGGGAGAGCGUGGUGCGUCCCAGUGGGAAGCCUCUGGGCCGGGCCGGGAGCGGCUGCCUCUGCCUUCUCUAAAGGUCCCCAGGGAGCUGCUGCGGAGUUUCCCCCACUCCAAACGGGUCGGAUCCUAUCUGGUGGGGAAAAUGAUCAACAAGGGAUCGUUUGCCAAAGUGAUGGAGGGGCUGCACAUCGGCACGGGCGAAAAGGUGGCCAUUAAGGUCAUCGACAAGAAGAAAGCACGGCAGGACUCAUACGUGUUGAAGAACAUGAAGAGAGAACCUCGCAUUCAUCAGAUGGUCCGACAUCCUCACAUUGUCGUCCUGCUGGAGACUCUGGAGACAGAGAACAGCUACUACAUGGCCAUGGAGCUCUGUGCUGGAGGAGACCUGAUGGACAGGAUCUGUGACAGGAAGAGGCUGGAGGAGAGGGAGGUGCGGCGCUACACUCGUCAGAUCCUCUCUGCAGUGGAACACCUGCACAAACACGGCAUUGUACACAGAGAUUUGAAGAUUGAAAACUUCCUGCUGGACGAACACAACAACAUAAAGAUUGUGGACUUUGGCCUCAGUAACACUCUGAAGGCUGAAUCUUUGUCUCUGGAGCUCCUCAACACCCAGUGUGGAAGUCCUGCCUACGCCGCCCCUGAGCUGCUCGCUCACAGGAAAUAUGGGCCCAAAGUGGACGUCUGGUCAGUAGGUGUGAGUAUGUUUGCCAUGCUGACGGGGACUCUGCCCUUCACUGUUGAGCCUUUCAACAUCAAGCAGCUGCACCAGAAGAUGGUCAACGGAGAGAUCAGCAGCAUCCCCAGUGACGUCAGCAAAGGUGCGGUGGCGUUUGUGUUGUCUCUCCUGGAGCCAGACCCGGCAAAGAGACCCAGUAUCAGAGCUGCGAUGGAGGAGAGGUGGAUCAACGAGGGAUAUGCCAAGAAACCACUGCACACACUGUCUCAUAAAAACAGGCUGAGCCCAGAGGAUCUCAACUCGUCUGUGCUGGCGUACAUGACGGAGACGCUGGGCUACUCGCUCUCUGAAAUCAUUCACACGCUCACCAUCAACCGACCGUCCGCCAUCAUGGCCUCCUAUCACCUGCUGCUCAACAAGCUCAGCAGGAGCCAGAAGGGAGCCAAGGCCAGCAAGAAACUGGAAAACAAUGACUGGACUCUUCCAAGCAAGAACACAUGGAGAGAAAGGCACAACACUGACUCAAAGACUCAGCAACAGAGUGAACCAACCAAUGAAAAAGGCUCGAAACAGUCCAGCAGGCCUCUGAGAGCCCAACAGACAGCUGAAUGUCAGAGCAACAAGAAGAGGUCUGAGGAGCUGCACAGGAAGGACCACAGAGAGGACGCAGAGAACCGUCCACCUUCUCCAUCUCUACCCCAGCUUCCUCACUCUGCCUCCCCCUCAAUACCCCCUCGCCUCCCUUCCCCCUCCCCCGCCCCUCUUUCUACAGAGGAUGGAGCCACUGAUGAGGAGAUCGCCAUCACCUUGGACACCAGAGAGACGCUGUUUCCUGAAGUGUCUGUGUUUGGAGACAGGGAACUCGUCCAUCUUUCUCCUCCUAAAAGCUCUGCAUCUCAACUCUGUGACUCUGCCCCUUGCCAAGUCCCAUUACCCCCCGAGCCAAUCAGAGACAGCAGCACAUCGAGGCCGAUCCGACACACACACCUGCUCAGGACGACUCAGUCAGACGGGGCGGCAGACCCUGGGUCAGACUGCUUCCACGACAACCGCCACCAGGACAACCACUCUCAUCACCUGAGCAUCAACGAGCGCCUGGAGAAGCUGCAGACGUUUUAUUCUUCAGAGAAGAGCGGCAUCUCUCCCAGGAUGCUGCUGGAGGCCGACACACACACCACACACCCCUCAGACAGAGACCACCUGGGUAUCAUGGAGACGACACGGACGUCACCCUCUGCCCCACUGCCCCGCCUGCGCAACGUGGGGCUGAAAGAUGGACGAGGUAGGAAGAUGACAUGGGUAGGGUUGACCCGACCUGGGCCCCCAGGACUCCUGGUGAACGGGUCUAAACCUCCUGCCUUCCCCUCGCAGAGACAACAUACUUUGGUCAUUAAGAGCCUCCGGCAGGAGAGGGGCAAGAGACGGGAUCUGUCGUCAGGAGGAGGAGGAGGAGGAGGAGGAGAGAGAGGGACGGCAGGAGGAGGGCUGAACGGAACAAAGAGGAACUCAGUUCAGUUACGUUCAUCUCUCCAGCGUCGGGUGGCGGACCUGAAUCUGCCGCUGCUUCCUGCAGCCCUGCAGGGGAAGACAGAUAGGAAGAACCAGCUACACAGCAUGGACUACUGAUAGAUGGGAGGAUACAAUAGAGAGGCAGUGAUAGAGGCCAGAAAAGGUGCUAUGAGAGGAGAGGAUAGUCCUGAGGUUGGUGACACAUUUAGGAAGCAGUUAAGCAAUUAAAGGUCCAGUGUGUGGGAUUUAGGGGGAUUUAGUGGCAUCUAGCGAUUAGGACUGCAUAUUGCAACCAGCUGAAACUUCUCACGGCUAGAAUUCCUUCAUCGUUCAGGAAGUUUUUACGGAGGGCUGAAAUAUCUGCAGAGGUCUCUUCCUCUACAAAACAAACAGACCAAGUGAUUAAAAACUAAUAAAAAUGAUAAAAACAAAAGUGAUAAAAACACUGAAUAAAACAGCUGCAUGAUACAAAUCAGUGUUUCUCCGAUGCUGUUCGGCUUGUUAGACACGCCAUUAGCCCAGCACCUGCUAAUGUGUGCUCACCUUUUUCCUUCGAUAACUUAAGAUCCAGACAUUCAGGAGGUUUUUUGCCAGGAGCCAAAUUAUCCACACAGGUCUCCUCCUCUUCAAAAGAAGCAGACCCAGUGAUUUAAACUGGUAAAAACACUGAAAAGAGUUGUGUCACGUAAAAAAAAAAGUGUUUUUUUCUACCCUUUUAUGGAGUGGGGCCGAUGUGAAAACAUAAAUGGCCCUUUAGCUAUGUUUGGUUUGUCCAUUCUGGGCUUUUAUAGAAACAUGGUGGUACAACAUGGUGAUUUCCUGGACCCGCUUCCUGUGUAGGUAUGAACAGCUCAUUCUAAGGUAAUGAAACACAACGGUAUUUAUUUUCAGGUGAUUGUACACUAAAGAAAACUUAGUAUGUCAUAUUCCAUUUCUGCCUGUAUAUCCCCCUAAAUCCUACACACAGUACAUUUCAGAAAUACUGGCCUGUAUUAAAGGAAGUGCCUGUUUUAUGUUAGAUUUGUAAAAAAAAAAACUUCGGUGAACAAAGAAUUUAAAAAUGGAGAAAAUUCAUGAUGAAUAAAAAUAAAUGGGGUCCAUGUUUAACAAAGGCAAAACUACGUCAAAAGGGUUCGAAAUUCACCAAAGUCACACAAUAACACAAAGAAAUUGAUCAAGGCAGCAGCAGACCCGCAGCUCCUGUGUUCAGCGAGGUUAAAUUACUGUAAUUUUUAGUCUGGAUUUCCAGAGAGCAUAGAUAAGUUUCACUUAGUUUAGUUCCCCGUCGGAGAGGGUUGUCUGUUUGGGAAGUACUGAGCAUACAACUUGAGAAAUGAGACUUGGAUUAUACUAUACGAGUUGGGUAAGAGUUUGUAAAAUGGAUGUUGCAGUAUAGUUUUGCUGUUGUCAAACACGAAGCCCUUCUACGUCAGUUUAUGAAGAACUGACCUAUGGCUAAGUCCCGCCCUCAGACACGAUGAGCCAAUCACAGUGCGUAUAGCCAUUCCCAUACACUGGGACAUUUUCUGCCUGGACGUCCAUUGAAAUGCAUUACAGAAAGUCAGUUUUGUUUGGUUUUAUGAGCUUUUUCUGAGAUUUGAAGUGUAAAAAUGGUCAAACGGUGUGCAUAGGGUACAUGCAACUCUGACACAAGGUAUCCUGAGAGGCUGGGCGACCAGGUGUAUUUUUUUACCCUUUAAACCACAUCUCAACCGAGAAAAGUGUCUCCUUUGGAUAAAGUUGUGUGGUAACGUUAGACCACAACAUCAACUCAACGUGAAUAAGAUUAACAAUGAUGUCUACAUCUGUUCUAAGGUAAGUCAACAUUGUGUUUGAGGCAACAUAUUGUCACUUUGCUGGAAAAAAAUAUAAAGUUAUCUUUAACAUCUCUAGCUAACGUUAGCUAAAGUUAGCCUAGUGUUAGCUCCUAGCUGCGUUGUUCAUCAUGUCACCUUGUUUGCUGGGAGUUCAUUAGCCUAUUUUGUUCUAGUUUUGUACUUUGGUGAUGGUACAUCAUUGUUAGCUGUUGUCCAAAGGGCUCUAGUUAAGCUAACGUUAACUUCUGGAGCUUAGCUUCAUUAACUUAUCUGUAAUGGCAGAGAUAACAAAGGUUGGCAAACGUUAUGCUGAAUGAUUCAGUGUAAAUACUGUAGCACCAAACUAACGGAGAGACACUCUUGGUAAAGAUGGUGAAAAGGCCGUUAUCCUUUUCUCAUAUUCUGAGCCAAAAACCUUAACUUCAGUGGCACUUUGACUUGUUGUCUUUGAUGGUGACGGCAACCAGAUGCGGUUCACAAGCGCACACUGUGACCUGUAAAUUUUGGCUUGUAAUUUAAGCUUUUCAUCGACCUUCUCAACAAUAAAAUGAUGAAUAUAUCCCUCCAAUGCGUAGUUUAGGCCCUUUUGGUUACUUCUCAAUGACAUCUGAUCUUUAUGUCCCCAAAAAUCAUCAAUUGCCUCCUGUGAAAUGCCGUGUACUGUGACACCUGCCAUAGCGCCGCUCACUGAAUGAUGAUAGUUUGUCCGAGUGAGUGGAGGGGGGCGUGGCUUAGCCAUAGGUCAAUUGUCUCUGUUUUUGGAUUUUUCGUUCACCUUGAAGGCAUGCGAGCAAAAAAAGUUAUUAGGUGAAUAAUUGAUACAAAUGCUCAUUUUGUUGUUUAAGUAUUCAUUUACCCAAAGAGAAUAAGGAGAAGGGUGGUUGGUAUGAAAGACUGAGUAAAGACAGGGCAGCUGUUCAGAACUUUGCAUAAACAUUUUGAAGGACAAGUGUAAACGGCAGCUACAAAAAGAUGCUUAAGCUAUUAUUUUCUACUGUUCCAUUAAUGCCUUGCUCACCAACAGAACUUCUUCCCAAAUAAACCAUAAACAGUACAUACAGCCUUUAUAUGCUGCAGUGCCAAAAAUUCUAACUCUGCCUAAGCUCAUCAAAUUUAAUUUGGCUGUCAGUAACUAGGCUUUGGUUUCGCUACUGUUAAUAUUUUUCCUGGGGAAUUUCAUGUUAGUCUCCACCCAUCACAAUGUGACAUGCAGAAGUGUACCAUGUGUGUGUGUUGAACACAUAUGGUUAUAUUUGUAUCGACUGUUCUUAAAAACAUUUUUGUACUGACAUUGAAAAUCAAAGUAAAAACAA